GUCUGUGCAAAUGAAGGGGUUAUAGAAAGUCUGUAAGAUUCCAAAGCUUGGAUUUUCUUCUUCAAUUAAGAAAAACUAAAACUUAAACCAUGAGAAUUUUAAUAUUUUACUUUUAAAAAGCCAGAAUACUCUAGGUUUGGGAGAUUGCUGAUUAUAAAAUGUGACUACGAAAGAAUUCUGACAACUGCAGAGCAGCAUGCAAGUCUUUCUAUUUCUGUCAGCCAUUGGGCUCUGCUGGGCUCAGCACACCCCCAAUACUCAACUGGGGCGAACAUCUAUAGUCCACCUGUUUGAGUGGCGCUGGGCUGACAUAGCUCAAGAAUGUGAGAGGUAUUUAGCCCCCAAUGGAUUUGGAGGAGUCCAGAUCUCUCCACCCAAUGAAAACAUUGUAGUUCACAACCCUUCGAGACCUUGGUGGGAAAGAUACCAACCCAUCAGCUAUAAAAUCUGCACAAGAUCUGGGAAUGAAGAUGAGUUCAGAGACAUGGUGACUAGGUGUAACAAUGUUGGGGUGCGCGUCUACGCGGACGCGGUGAUGAACCACAUGUGCAGCCCGGCCGCGGGUGCGGGAGCUCGCGGCGCCUGCGGGAGCCCCUUCCGCGCCCCGGCCAGGGCCUUCCCCGCCGUGCCGUACUCGGGCUGGGAUUUCAACGACCGCAAGUGCCGCUCUGCCAGCGGCGGCAUCGAGAGCUACGGCGACGCCGCGCAGGUCAGGGAUUGCCGCCUCGUCGGUCUUCUUGAUCUUGCCCUUGAGAAAGCUUACGUGCGCUGCAAGGUCGCAGACUACCUGAACCACCUCAUCGACAUGGGAGUGGCAGGGUUCCGACUGGACGCGGCCAAGCACAUGUGGCCCGGAGACAUCAAGGCGGUUCUGGAGAAACUGCAUCCUCUAAACAGCACGUGGUUCCCUGAAGGAAGCAGGCCUUUCGUUUACCAAGAGGUCAUUGAUCUGGGAGGUGAGGCAGUUUCAAGUAGUGAGUACUUUGGAAAUGGUCGUGUGACAGAAUUCAAAUACGGUGCUAAGCUGGGCACAGUGAUUCGCAAGUGGAAUGGAGAGAAGAUGACUUACUUAAAGAACUGGGGAGAAGGCUGGGGCUUCAUGCCCUCUGACAGAGCCCUGGUCUUUGUGGACAACCACGACAAUCAGCGAGGACACGGGGCUGGAGGAGCCUCCAUCCUGACCUUCUGGGAUGCCAGACUGUACAAAAUGGCCGUUGGAUUCAUGCUUGCUCAUCCUUAUGGCUUCACACGAGUGAUGUCAAGCUACCAUUGGCCAAGAUACUUUGAGAAUGGAAAAGAUGUCAAUGACUGGGUUGGACCGCCCAGCAAUAACGAAACAAUUAAAGAAGUCACUAUUAACCCUGACACCACCUGUGGCAAUGGCUGGGUCUGUGAACACCGCUGGCGUCAAAUCAGGAACAUGGUUGCCUUUCGAAAUGUAGUUGAUGGCCAGCCUUUUACCAACUGGUGGGAUAAUGGGAGCAACCAAGUAGCUUUUGGAAGAGGAAACAAAGGAUUCAUUGUUUUUAACAAUGAUGACUGGUCAUUAUCAUCAACUUUGCUAACUGGUCUUCCUGCGGGGACCUAUUGUGACGUCAUUUCUGGAGAUAAAGUCGAUGGCAAUUGCACAGGAAUCACAAUCUCUGUUUCCAGAGACGGCAGAGCUCACUUCUCCAUUAGCAACUCUGCUGAGGACCCAUUCAUUGCCAUUCAUAUUGAAGCUAAAUUAUAAGAUGCAAAUUAAGUAUCUCUAUAAGUAGACACAGUAAUAACAAAUGUUUAUCUUUUA